UUAUCUUGUAUAUUUUUCAGAUUUGUAAAUGUAGAAAAAAUCGGACGGCUGUGAUGGGGGACCAAUUAUGGAUGGUCCGAGAAGCAUGUGUCCAGCUAACAGAUGGAAAAGUAACAACGAGAAAGAAAGCUGAAGGUUCUCUACGGGAUCUUCUGACAAACAAGAAUAUAGUGUCAGCUCUCCACAGUGCUACCGAAAAUUCUAUAAGUGGGGAGGGAUUUACCUGGCGAAAUGUUUACUUCGCCGCGCAUUCCUUUCUCAGACUCGAGGCGGAGAAAAUUAAAACGGAUGAACGGAAAGAGAAGCAAAGUAAGAAUGCGGUUGGAACCAGAACUAACCGUAGGAGAGAGAUAAUGUCCCUUUAUACGCUUGUCAUCAGGAAACCUGGGAAAGACGGAUUACGUUGGUCGGUUGUAGCGAGGAAUUUACUGGAGUUGUUGGAUAAUGAAUACUUGAAGGAACUCUUUGCUGAUGAUAUUGUUCGUCUUCUUCAGGAGAUUAUAUCAGAUCCAACCUGCCAGGCUACCCUUGGUGUAUCUGGUUCAGAAGAAGGGCAUCAGUGGGAACAGAUACUGAAUGUAGUAGUUGAUCUUCUUAUAGAGGCUCCUGAAAGACUGGAUGUCUUUAGUACUGUUCGGUUACUGCGUUCAACUAUUAAACAUGGUAUUGAUGUGUGUGAGUUGACCAGGGUGUUAUACACCAGUAAGGUGUGGAACUUAAUCAAGGGAUUACUUACAGCAACUAAACUAUCAGCUAGACCUGAUUCCCCAACUCAACUAGAGGUUAUAGAGGCGGCUACACUGUAUUGUCAAAUUGCUGCGGUCAACUUCAGGAGAGAGGUUUGCAAAUUAGGAGAAGAAACUGUUCAUUGUGUUCUCCAAGCUUGGGAUGAGAGGAAUCCUGGAACUAAACCUGCUCUAGACUUUCUUAAUCUUCAGAUCCUUGUUCAUCAUCCAGGUGGUGCUAAGGAUGUACGAAGUGGAUCUCUUGUCUGUAAUCAGGAGCAGUGGCAUCACCAGCUUUUGAGACUUCAUCAGAAUGUUGUUGAAACCAGUAUCAGGAAUAAGCUCCGUCAGAACAAGGCUCGAGGAUCCCGCUCUGUGAGUGAUUAUGAGUUGGAGGAAACCUUUCUAUCCUUCUCCGUAAACCUACUCCGACAAACUCUAACCAGAGAACUUGAAACCUGUAACGUAACUCAGCUUGUACCUCUUGACACAACACAGAACGAAGCUCCACCAUCAAAACGUCUCCGACUAGAUCUUGUCAGAGAGAAUGGAUCUUUAGAAACAAGUUUCCGUUCUUUACUUGAAAAGAUUCAAACCCACACGGAGAAUGAUCUUAACAGAGUUCCUUGGCUCCAAAUCCUAGGAGGUCUACUGGGACGGUUCCCGGAUAUGUUUGAUGCAGAGUUGAGAAUUCAAGUUCUCCGGGUCCUAUCAAACCUAUUGCAAGGAACCAAGUCGGUUGCAACAAAGAAGCAUUGCUUGUCUGUCUGCCUUAAUCUACUUCAUGCAACAGGUUUAGAUAAGAGUUCUGACUGGGAUGUUGUGACAAGAACCACCUUGAAUAUGGUUAGUAUGAACCAGGCUGGAUCUCAGGGGCAUCAACUGUUCCAUGAACUAAUCCAUAGAUCUCCCAUCAUCCCAGUUCAGCAUGUAUACUCCUUGUACACCAACCACCUGGUCAAGUUUGCCCCGGACACCCUCAACACACUUCUCUUCAUGCUUAGGAACCAUCCUGUUACAGACUCUAGGUCUAUAUCUAGAGAUUCCCUACUCUGCUGGCUGUUUCCGGAGCAAGAUGAAACUCCGGGCGUUCAGGUCUCCGUAGAUCCCUCCGUUUUAGGAGAGAUUCUAGUCUCACUUGCGCUUAGUAAGGUGAGCAAGGUUUCUGCUGAAGCUAAACCUUGUUACAAGAUGACUGAACUAGAGAUUGACCUUCUCUGUUCCUGUCAUAUCAAUUGUGUCCUCCAAACUAAACCAUCUGUAGACCCUGUCCAGGAUAUUCGAGGAUUUAUACUCCCAGAAGUUGAGACCGAGGUGGUGAAACUUAUGCAUAAACAUGCUUGCAUUAUGAUUCAGGAACCGGCAGAGCUCGAUCUCGGGAUCAAGUCUCUGUUGAGAGAAGCAGAAACCUUCCUAUUCUAUCUUCAUGGAUUCUCUAAACGUAAGGUUGAGUAUAAACAGUUGGCAGAGAACUCUAAGAUUAAACAAAUGGCAAAGAUUCUUCUCAAGAAAUCCGUAGAAAUGUCCCUGAAACUCCUCGAGAAGACGAGAGAAAAUGUGGAGAUUAUUUUUCUUCUUGAAACCUGGAUAUCCUUCUUUCAAACCCUACCCAGGCUUUCUGGACUUGACCUUGGGUGCUUGUAUCUACAGGAAAUAAAUCUGUUCAAGAUGAUGGAGAAGGUUGAGCGAACCUUGAUAGAGACCUGUAAUAUCUGGGAGAAAAGGUUGGAUUCUAAACAACCUUCUCAAUCAUCAGGUGAUAGCGGUCAUAAUCCGUUCGAUGAUUUUGAUGAUGCAUCUCAGUCAACUGAAACAGAAUCUAAUAAUCAAGUUGAUGAAUUUUCUGCUGAUCUCAAUUCUUUGGAAGAAGGUCCAGAAGAGGGGAGAGAACUGUUGUUAGUUGAAAAAUCUUUUUAUCUUCUUGUUCUCUGGUAUUCUCCGAACCUGGAGAUCAAUAUCGAUCUUCCGCUGAUGGCGGAGAAACAGUCAAACCUUGUUUUCCUGAUUGAUAGAAUCCUGGAAGUUUUCCAGUUCUCACAUUCUACAAUCAAGGCCGUGGUAUUCUGUAUCCGAGAGUUAGGUUCAUCCAUAAACCUCAUGAAGGACACCCUGGACAAACUGUCCGAGAUACUAAAGGAGAUAGCGAAGAACUGCAUGACACAGAAGAAAUUUGAUUAUGUUGGAAUGCUCGGGAUACUCAAGAUCAUUGAGAACUUGGCCCAACCUGCAUUAAGGUUGGGAUCUGUCAAGUGUGGGACGGUGAUUAACCGUUUGCUUGAGGUUUUGUUGAAACAGAAUUCAAAGUUGAACUACUCAAGGUUCAGCAUUGAGUUUACUCUCCAACUAGUCAAAACAAUCUCAAAACUUGGUAAUCCUGAUGGUUCUACUGAAUCCAGUUGGUUGAGUUGGAGUAGUGAGACGCAUAAUCUCUCCGCUACUGAGGACUCAUCUCUGGGUAUAGAUUCAGAUGGUCCAGUUCCAAUUAUAAACUGUCUACCUAGAUUCCUCUCUCAUCCCUCACUCAGAGUAAGAACCUUGACAACCCAGAUUGUAAUGGAAGCUCCAGAGUUUGAUCCUCGUCAUUUCUCCAGCUGCGUUAUAUCCCUGGUUUGUGAUGAUUUGUUCCAGGUUUGUGUUUACAAGGACUGGAAGAAGAGUGAUCAGUUAUCAAGAAUUAAUUCAGUUUUAAUUCUUUGUUCAGCACUAGUUUCUCGUAGCUCCAGCUAUGCCAGAUAUGCUGUCUCCACCAUUCUUUGUCUACUAAGGCAGCAGAGAUGUAAGUUAAACCUUGCUCCGGUACUUGCUCUGAUAUCAGAGCAUGCAGAAUACAGUGGGAACACAGGAAAGAUGUUAAAAGAUCUUCUUCCUGGCCUUUUUUUCGAUUUCUUAGAAGAAAUGUGUCCCUACUCUGAGUUCCCAAUUCAUGAACUUGGAUUCAAGCAAGCUAGCUUUUCAGCAUUCCUAACUCAUCAUGAGAGCUUGGUCCUACCUUUAAUCCUACUCUGGGAGCCAAAGGCUGAGACAAUGCAGGAGUUGGGUGAACUGGUUCAGGUUGAUUAUCUGAUCCUAGUGGAGAGAAACCUAGACCGACUUCUACAGCUCUCCAUCCCUGGGUUAGCUGCUCAAGAGUUGAAAAUCAAAGUCGAGCUAAAAGAGAAGAUGGCUGAGUUGGGAGCUCUGCUCAAACAUGUUCUAGGAGCUGAGUUUUUACCAAGCCUAGAGAAAGCCCUUCCCUCUGUAAUAUAUUCCUCCUUCUCUAGUAUAUGUGAGGAUGGUAAGCUGCAGACUAGGCUAGGUAUAGAUUGCAGUGUUGAUAUCAGGUCUGGUCCACCUAGACUAAACAUAGAAACAGCUGAAGCUGUUGUUCAAUUUAUAUCUUCUAAAUUUAGUGAAACCUAUGAUUUUCUCUGCCAAAGACAGUCGCAUGGAAUCCCACAGAUAGCUGUAGAACUUUGCAUUAAUCUGAUGGGUUCAGAGAAUCAAACUCAUCUCAGAUGUCUGUUCUCCAUCCAGACCUGGUUAAUGAACCUCUUCUCAUCAUCAUCUCAAACGUAUACCAGCACCUUGCCAUUCCUAGUCAUGUAUUUGAGUCAACAACUGCUAAACUUAGUUAAACGAACCAAUAGCCUGGACUGUAAGAAAGCUGCUCUGGUAGUUUUGGACACCCUGAUACAGCAAAGUUUUUCCAAAUCUGUGAAUAGUCUUGUUUUCUCCUUGGUUCAGAUUAAUUCCAGUCUUUUAAAUAUAAUCUGUGAAGACCCUGAUUCUAACUCAGCUCAAAAUGCAAAAGGAAUUCUUGAAUUCCUAUUCAUUGAAAACAUUCAUAAGUUUAAAGAUGAUUUUGAUAAUCUAGAAGACUAUCCAUCCCUGGAGAUAUUCUCUCUGUUGUCAGUAUCUGUAGGAAAGUAUAAAAAAGAUCUGUCUUUAACUUCCUUCCUACGAACCUUCCUCCGGGUUACUGAUCUAGUCGAGUUCAAGUUCUGUGAAAACAUUCUCAGGCAGCUGAAACAGAGGUUGAAGACAUCAGGGACAGAGCUUAAUGUACUCCUGGAGAAGGAUUUAGAUGUUGUUAAAGAAUUGGUGAUACAUCUCCUAACCCUCAGUAAGAUGAAUAUCAAAUCCAUCUCAACACUGGCACUUGACUGUCUGGGAGAGAUAGGACCCGUGAAUUUUAAAUCCAAUGUUCUCAAAGCAAAUUCUGCUUUUCAACCUUCUGAUCCAUCCAAACCAGCAUUCGCUUAUGUUAAACCAAUCCUGAAUAAACUGAGCAAAUUGUUGAAUAGGGAAUCAGGAACCUUCUCCAGGGACGUGUUCAACACCAUCUCCAACAUACUCAGCAGCACACAAGAGGGUCGGGAAUUAUGCCUUGAAGACCGUGGUUUCAAUGUUUUGGAACCACUCAAGAAAAAAGGAAAAAGAAAUCUCCAGGUCCCUCCUGUUAUACAGGACGUAACAAGGUUCACGGAUGAAAUCGAUGAUGAGGGUCUCUGGGUUUAUUCUAGACUGGAGUAUAGUUCCUGGAUAAAGGUUCUAGUGGCAAGGUUUCUAAACUGCUUCUCAGAUAAAUCUGUUCUAGGUUUUAUGCUAGGUGUGUGUGAGAAUUCACUAGAGUUGUGUGAGCUCAUCCUUCCAUACAUCAUCCAGGAAUGUUUGUUGCAUCAAGACGAAAAUAUCCGCCUUGUUGUCUCAACCCGGAUCAUCUCGUUCUUUCAAGAGUUUCAGGAUCAGGUUGGAUCCUCUUCAACCUUUCUCCAAGAUAAUGUCCCAGUCUAUUUUGAAAGGAGAAAAGUUUCUGCCCUGGUUGGUGUGGUAUCCUAUACUAGACUCCAGGUUCUACCGGACUACUUGAUCAGAGAUGCUAAUCAGUCCAUAUGGGAGCGGAACUUCUGGCUCCCGGGGUUAGAUUAUCUAGCAGUUGCUAGUGCUGCACUGUUCUGCUCCUCCUACUCCUCUGCUCUACUCUUCUCUGAUAUCUGGUGUAUACAGCAGGAUAUGAUCCUAGGGAAGUAUGAUGAGAAACCUCCUCUACUCAGGUUGCAAGCUUGCAACCCAACCAGGAUUAGUGAGCUCAGGAAAAUUGUAACUAGCGCCAGUCUUAAAAUCAGCGACAAGGAUGCGUACCAUGGGAUCAAAUCUGUUUUACCAGAGGUGUCUGAAACAGAAGUUAGUUUUGAUAAUCUGCCAAUCCUUGAUGUACAAUGUUCCACGUCUAGUAGAGAUGGCAAUAACAGUCUUGUUCAAAGCUUAUACCAGAACGGAUUGUUCCAUCUACUGUCCAAGUAUAUGACUGGUGUUCAGACUACUGAAGUUGGUCAGAAUGUUCUAGAUGUUCAAGCAGAGUGUGCCUGGAGACUAGGAGAGUGGGACAAUGUAUUUCCAGAAGAAAAGGCGAGUUCCUUUAAUGUCUCGGUGUUUGGCUGCCUUCAAAGUUUUCAUAAUUGUGACAAAGAUGGAGUAAAGAAUUGGUUAAACCUAUCAUAUUCACAUAUUCUUGAUUCAAUUACACGGACUAAUCUUGAAUCUAGUGCAGAGAUAUACUCCAUUCUCUCAAAGCUGAAACUUUUGAACGAGACAAGUCUAUUUUCUAAAAAAGAUCUCGAGGGGGAGACUUUGAGUAUUCUUGACGGACUUUUGAGUAAAGAUGAUAUAUAUAACGAUGAUUUUGGACAUUUAGAACCAGUCUAUAGUGUCAGAAUGUCUCUUCUCAACACAGCUCUGAUCAAAACUCAACCAAAGCUGCUGGAAAGAACCCUGUUGACACUGUGUACAAGAGCCCGAGAGUCUGGUAGGUUCUGGUUCUGUCACAGUAUCCUGGAAACCACCAGGAGUUUAGUUUCCUCUGAGUUUAAGUUUGAGAAAGCUAAGGUUGAGUGGAGCAGAGGCAAGCACUCCCAAGGAAUUCUCCUCGCUAAAAGUCUUCUCCAGGAGAUUGAAGAGAAAAAGAACUUGAAUCCUGAUACGAAGCAACUGUUGCCGGAGCUUUUGGUAUCACUAGGCCAGUGGAUGAACCUAGAGAAAACAGAAUGUUCUAAAAUCAUCCUGAACAAAUAUUUUAAAAGAGCGGUAGAGCUGCUGGAGAAGGAGGGUUCAAGGACGGAAAGUUCCUUGGUGGAGGCGUAUUUAGGGUUGGCCAACCUAGCAGACCAGCACUAUAAGAAGGCUGAGGAGUACAUGGACAGCGCAGAGUUCAAGGAGCGCCAGGCCAACAUCAAUUUACGGCAGAAGGAAGAAACAGUUCUGAAAGGAGCUCUAGGCACAAUUGACAAGGCGUUCAAACAAUCUUUAAUCAUCAAAACUAGAUUUUUAGCCAUUGAUAAACUAGAGAUUGACCGGUGGAUGAAAGAAAAAGAAACGUAUCUAAUGACAUCUAUGGAAUAUUAUCUAAGUGUUUUACUUCAUGGAGAUAUAUCUGUAGCAGUAUACAGGAUGAUAUCUCUUUGGUUUGCAAACCAAGAUAAUGUUGAGCUUAACUCCUUAGUCUCUAAAAGACUACCUAAUAUCCCGACCUACCGACUAGUUCCUCUUCUCUAUCAGAUGGCAGCUAGAAUGUCUGACUUUAAGAAACAAGAUGGCGUCGAGUUUUCAGCUGUUCUGUUCAAUUGUAUUCAACGCUGCGCAUUGGAACAUCCACAUCAUGUGCUGCCCAUCGUCCUUGCUUUGAAAAAUGCCAAUCUGGAUGAAUUUUUUGAAAAUAACAAACCACCACCAGACAAUCAUUGUGGAGAUGCGCGCAGCAAAGCUUCAUAUAUCAUGUUAAGAGACAUGAAGAAGGUGCGAAACUUUGAGAAUAUUAUCAGUAAAUACUCUGAACUAUCUCUUGGUCUGGUGGAGCUAGCCUAUCACCAGGUGGGUAAGAAUCCUAGUAAAUCCAUCAGUAUCCCUGCCAGUUAUCGAUAUACCAAGAUCAAACAAUGGGACGAUGUUCUAGUCCCUACAGAUAAUGUUCCGGUCAGACCAGAUGGAGACUACUCAAGAUAUCCGGGCAUAGAGAGGUUUGAACCUUCCUUCAGUAUGGUUGGAGGAAUCAAUGCCCCGAAGAAAACUGUUUGUAUUGGAACUGAUGGAAUACGGAGACCUCAACUAGUGAAAGGAAAGGAUGAUCUCCGGCAGGAUGCGGUGAUGCAGCAGGUAUUUGAUCUAACCAACCAACUCCUGGAUCAGGAUAGAGAUACAAGGAAGCACAACCUGAGAAUUCGAACCUACAAGAUAGUUCCGCUCUCCCAGCGUUCUGGAAUACUAGAAUGGUGCAGUAACACCCUACCUAUAGGAAACGUAUUGGUAGGGGAGAACAGGAAGGGUGGAGUACACAAGAAAUAUUUCCCCAACCACUUAACUAGUGCAGAGUGCCACGCAGCCUACAACCAUUCCAGUCAUGCCAAGGACCCGGAAAAGGUUUAUCUUAAAAUCUGUCAGAAUUUCCCACCUGCGAUGAAAUUCUUCUUGAUGGAGCAGUUUACCAGUCCUGAGGAGUACUUCAAGGGGAAGAACUGUUUUACUAACUCUGCUGCAGCAUCCUCUAUGGUGGGACACAUUCUAGGCCUUGGAGACAGGCACAUCAACAAUAUUCUACUGGACCUGAAAACUGGCGACCUUAUUCACAUUGAUUUCGGAGUAGCAUUCGACAAAGGCAAGAUCCUUCCAACUCCAGAGCUAAUUCCGUUCCGUCUCACUAGAGAUAUUGUAGACGGGUUCGGUCCAACAGGAGUAGAAGGGGUAUUCAGGAGUAACUGUGAAAGAAGUUUGCGCGUUCUUAGAGAGAAUAAGGACAAAUUGUUAACCGUCCUAGAGGUGAUGCUGCACGACCCGUUGUAUGACUGGAGCGUGGGGCCCAGCAAGGCGGCAGCUAAACAGGCGGGGGAGUGGGAGAAACUUAAGAAACAGGAGGAUGGACAAGGGAACAGAAUGGCAAGUAGAGCUUUAAUGGUACUUGUAUCUAAACUUGAGGGUAGAGAAGAUGGUUCACAACUAUCCGUCUCAGGUCAGGUUGGAGCACUGAUACAACAAGCAACGGAUCCUGCUAAACUAUCCAGAGUAUAUGUGGGUUGGUCUCCCUGGUGCUAAACUCUCUACGACGGUUCUAGACCAUCUGGGUUUUCAUCAUUGUUCUAAAAGACUGAACCUGAUAUUUCGAAGAAAUAAAUUUGAACAUUAAUCUGCGCUAUUUAGCGUCAUAAUGAGAAUUUAUUUGAACUGUUCACGCCGAAGAAAAAAAGUAAUACAACUUAAAGAAAAUUAUUUGAAACCAUGAAAUAGUAUUUAACUGUGAUAACCCGUGCCUGAAAAGAUUUUUAAUUAAACAAUAAAAAUCUAGACGUUUUUUUUUUAGAAA